GACGGAGAGGGCCCGGCUUUUGAUUGGGAUUGGAGCUGCCCAUGGUCGGCAUGGGCCCACAUAAGGGACCCCAUUGGAUUGCUUGAGUUGGACGUGGUGUGGGACAGGCGGCCCCUGCCUCUGGGGCGCGGCGGCGGCGGCGGCGGCGGCGCGGGCGAGGCGGCCGGGCCGCUGAGGGCGGGCCUCGGUGCGGUGCGCGCGUCCUGGCCGCGGCGCGGCGGGGCGGACGACGACCGGCGGCGGCAGGAGGAGCAGCCACGCACGGCGGCAGAGGAAGAGGGGGCGACGGAGGGAGAGGGGCGGAGGGAGGGCGGCGAGCAGCACGGCUGGCUC